AUGUGCUCGGAUGCCUUGCCGCUCUGGGGAUUUCACCGAACAUCGUACCUGGUCUGCGCUUGCGUAUUCAGCAUUUGCCUUUACUUGUGGGUUGGCUUCAACGCCGUGUCUGCACUGGGCCUCUUCGCAUAUUUGACUGGCCUUAAUCUAGCAAUCGCUUUUGCGGACUUGGUGAUCGAUGCUACCGCCGCCAGCCUCGCGAAGGAUCACCCGAAGGCAGCGUCUGACAUGCAGACCGCAUUGAGGGUUGCAGAGGCGUCAGGCGGCAUGGCAGCCAGCAGCAUCAAGGGAUAUCUCGUGGCUGUCUUGGGCUCACGUGGCACCAUGAUGAGCAAUGUGGUUUGCGCGGUUGCCGUGUUCAUUCCGGCCAUAAGACGCUGGCUGCCAGAAGAGCAGCUACUUGGCGGCCGCUGCACUCCAAAACUGAGCCAAUUCCGGAAAAACUCCAGUAUCACUGCAGUGGCGAUAUUCCUGUCGGUGGUUGCUGUAGGGCUAUCUUUGUCACACAUCUUCCUGCAGGAGUGGCGAACCCGAGCUUUGGUGACGCUAUUUUGCUGCAUAGUGGUCACCAUCAGCGCUUACAAGGCGAUGAGGAAGAUCUCUCCUUUCUUGGCCAAUACUGGGAUGCUCCUCUUCUGGCGAGCGGUUUUGCAGCCAGGUUUGGGGGAGGCGAUGUUUGUUUGGAUGUCGAAAGAUGAAGAAGGCCCUCGCUUUUCUCCACAGCUCAUGGGCUUAGCGGAUUGCUUUGGGCAAGCUGGCUUCUUGUUGGGCGUGGUGGUCUACAAUCGAUUCUUGAGGACUUGGAAGUAUCGUCGAAUCUUCCUGGUGGGGCAGAUCAUGGUGGUCGCAAGCCAGGUGCUCGACUUCAUCUUAGUCAUGCGCUGGAAUCAGGCGCUGGGGAUUCCUGACGUUUUGUUUUUUCUGGGUGAUAGCACCUUCGAUCACGCGGUGGCAAAGACCUUCUACGUGCCGCUGGUGGUGCUGGCCUACAAAGUUUGCCCUUCGAAUUUGGAGGGCACCAUCUUCUCCACACUGAUCUCCUUGAAUAACAUCGGACGCUUUCUUUGUGUGGAUCAAAAGCAAAGCACUGGCGGCUUUUGGCAAGGAGUGCGUGGCGGUCUCAAGCAUGUGGGCAAUGCUUUAAAUCAUGCCGGCAAGCUGAACCAGGUAGACCACCCCCUCAGUGCUGGAGGCUUGGCGCAGGCAAGGCAGCUGAGACAGCAGAUUGCAGCACUCGCCAGCGACAGCCAACCAUCCCAGGCUGCCAGCUCCUUACUCCGCUGCAGGAGAUGGUAUAUCUCCCCCUUCUUGCGCGCUUUGGAGACUGCAGCUUAUGCUUUAUCGCCCUUGAAGCGCCUGGCAACGCAACAAGGAGAGCGACUCCUGUUGCGAGUUUCACCGCAGGCCAAUGAGAUUGUACAAACUUCCAUGUCGCUUGACUGUCAGGGAAAGAAAGGAAACGUUGGAUUCAAAGUGGUCACGCGAGCUGUCAGCAAGUUAGCGGAAACGCUCGAAGAAGAGGAGGACGACCCUGCCAAUCAGGCAUCUGUGCAGGACAAGCAAGCAGAGCUAUCAGAGGCCAUUGCAACCCUAUGCGCCUUCGACAUCUCCGAGAUCGCUCAAGUCUGGUGGACGGAGGUCAGUUCCUUCAAGAAGGAGAACUUGAGAGCAGAGGAUUCACGCGUGAAGAGUUUGGUGAAGCGGAUCCUGGUUGAAGACGAGGAGCCCGUGAUAGGUCUCGUGGCUCACUCCAUCCUUUUUAAGCGAAUGAUUCAGCUCUUCUGGCCCAAAGAUCGGCUACGUCAGGAGGAGCUUCGAACGGCACUUCGAAAUGGGGCACAGAAGCAGGACACAGUGGAUCCGUUCGAAGACAAGGUGAUGAAUUGCGGCACCUUGGUUUUAACCUUUCGAUACCACUCUGGAGGCUGUCCGUGGGUCGUUCCGCAGAUGUAUGUGAGUUCACGCAGUGCAGCUGUUGCUCCACACCUGUUGAGCUUCUUCCUCGCCGUGGACGGCGAUGGUCAGACUCUCCUCCAGUUCGUGACGGACCAUGACGACAAGCUGAAACAAGUUGAGAAGCACGGAGUGAAACUUCCCGACACCGUGCAGGGCUGGCACCUUUUGGCCAAGUCCGGAUUGACCCGGGAGCAGAAGCAGAUGAUCAUGACGCAGUCUGCGUCUCUUGAACGUGCAAAAGUCCAACAAGCCAUGUAUGCAAUCCUGGGCCAAGACUACAAGGGUGGCGGACAGUCUGUCAACAGCCGUUGGCAGCGCCCCUUCAACUCGACCGGUAAGGGUCGAGGCUACUUUGCUGGUGAUGAUGCAGCUGACCCCACCUGGGAUUCUCCGUCUGUUGACUGGGAACCCGAGGAUGAGGGCACCUUCGAGGACUUCCUCACUGAAGAGCACAUCUAUCAUGUGGAAGAAGUCAGUGAGGACCAAGGAUCUCUAAUGCCAGUGAAACGCUGGAAGACGCUGAUCUCCAACUCUCAGACCCAGCUGAAUAGACUUCAUGCCUAUGUGGACAACGACUACACUCCGUCCAUCCCUGAUGAAGACCUUCACAUGACUCCAGCGGAACAUGCAAGGGCUGCAUUUCGAAAGCCCGAGAGCCCAGAAACCUUUCAGCAGCAGCGCAUGCGUCUUGAUCGACAAGAGACCAUGUCUUUUGGUCCACAGAGAACGGCACGUGCUUCAGUGACUCCCUACACGAAGCCCCCUCAACCAGAGAAUGCCGAGACAGUCUUUGAAAUUGAAGACCUUGAUUCAGAAUCUCUUCCUUCCGGCUGGACCUUCAACCAUGACUCCAAGACGCUGGAACUGAAGAGCUCCCUGAAGGACUUCUGGGAGAUCAAGGGCGGAUGCCUGAUACGUCACCAUGUGAAUCCAAGAUCCAAGCUCUUCGACAUCCGAGAUCGUCGUGACCUACCAGUUCCCGUGGAACACUUAGACGAUGUGCAAGUGACGGUCUAUCGAGAGCCAGGAUCCAAUCCUCAUUCGGUGACGAACCACUUCAAGACUGAGAACAUCUUCAAAAGCGUCAAGAACUCCAAGAACCCCUCACCUGUGCCAAAGAAAUGGAUUGGUCAGACUAUUUUCCAAAUCACUGCCGUGAAACGACAAGAAUGGGGCAUGACAUCAUCCUCCACAACCACAUCAGCGACAUCUAUGCGCUUUGUGAGAAAGGCAGCCCAAUCAGCCAAGACGCACCACAUCCGGCAGGUGAAGAAAGAUAAAGGUGAAGUUCGUGAAAAGAAUCUCAAUGCAGCCGAGCUCCAGCUGUUCUACGAGGAGAUCUUUGACUUCCGAACCUGGCAAGAAGACUCGGAAACCAUGGAGUACUGCGGAGAGAACAGCGACGUCACCCUUCGCUAUGAACCCUUCGAGUCCAUUCAGUCUUGGCAAGAUCUAAGCAAGGCUCGACUCAGCGUGAUGUUUGAUGCUGCACAUGCUGUGAGAGAGGAUCACUCCUCUCAGGGAGGCUACAUCGCCUUCAUCACGCCCGACACUGUCUUCCACGAGGAGACCUCGUACCAUGUUGUUGAUUGGAGAUCGUUCAAACUCCAUCGAGUUGCCAGAAGCAGUCUCAGUGCCGAAGCACAAGCCGCUGGACAAGCAUCAGAUGCUAGUGAGUACAUUGCUCGAUUUUGGUCGUGCAUCAUGAAUCCCAACGUCGACCUCCGUGAUCGCCUGCAAGAAAAGUUCCCGGUUGCAGCAAUGGUCUGUUACACUCAGAUCAAAGCAGUGAUGGCUGAUGACUACUUCAUCCAGGCCGUGGACGACAACGUGUGUCCAGUUGAGCAAGAGUAUUUUUGGUCACCCUUGACUGUACUCUGCACGCUCCUCAUGCUCCUCUCAGCGAUUCUGAGCCUUGUCACCUACAAGCUUGGCAGGUUCCUUGAGCGCCGACACUGGCGCAGCUUGGUGAACACCCGAAUCCGGGUGACUACGGGACGCCAUGAGAGGCAUGAGCUGGCCUUGAAAAACCAGCUGCAGGACCUCCACCUCCAGUCCGUGGAGAAGGUCUGCGAGCUCGAAGAAAAGCUGGCAGAGCUGUCUGUGCGCAAUGACUUCCUGCGCAAAGAGAACGAUGCAGUGUUGGCUGAAAACCAUGCCGACCAAGACGAGCUAGCUGAACUACAUGAACGGCAUCGUCGCAGCUGCGCGCUUUUCACGAGAGCCUUUCGUGAAAUCCAAGGGCACCUUGAGGAUUGCCCAUUGGAGCAUGGUGUGGUAGCUACUCCUUUUGGCGCCGCCUGGCAUACCGAAGAGUCAUGCCGUGGAGUGGCUCGGUCCGGACGUGUCACCAGAAGGCACGUAUGCAAUUUUUGUUGCCCUGGAGUUCAAACUCCACAUGUGACAAAUUCUGUCAGCGGCACCACUUUGUUUGAAGACUUCCAGGAAUUUAUCCGGGAGGAAGGCCGCUGUUCGUAUGAAGAAUGGAUUGUGGAUUGA